CGCAUAUAGCACCCACGCGAUAAAAUGCAAUGAUUUCAAGGCACACUAGUAAAAACUUUAUUGGAUAUCUACACUUUUUGCAGAAAAUUGUUAUUUAAUGUGGAGAGCGUUACCGUGACUAUUUAUUCCACUAUACCGUAUUGACAUUUCAUAUGCAGCUCACAGUUCCUUCUAUUGGGAAAAGCGCCCGGGAGUGCUUAGAGCGCUAUAAAAUCGCGAUUUAACCCUGGUAUAUUGAACCCGAUCUGAAACAGUCAGCACUGAUUCUGAAGACUGUGUACACAGUAAUCCUAGAUCUCUGAAUACUCCAAUGUGGUCUAGCGUUGAUUCAGCUAAGGCCAAGAAUAUCUGCUCUCACAUCUUUCUACCAAGGAACCUGACAUGUCGACAAGAUGCAUGGAUCGUGUAGGACACCAGCAUUUGCUUGUUUACUGAUGGCAGAGAUUUGGCGGUAUAUAAGUCUGUGUUAGUCCUCACCGCCAAUAGAUUUUGAAAUCAAUAGCAGUUUUUGCCGUGAUAUGCUUAUAAUGACAAGCAAACGGAUGUUUCCGCUCUAACGUUCCCGGCUGUUUGAAAUGUUCAAUACAAAUCUAACUAUCGAAUGGUGAUCGCCAUCUUAUGUCGCCAAGCCUCUCCUACAGCUGAAGAGACCCUCCCCUGAUAUAGAAAUAAGUGGUCUAAUUAUUGCAUACAUUGUCCCCCGACUGUCAUCGAUUGGAAAAACAUGCCUGUCAAUCCUCGUAAUGCCACUAACUGGUCAGAAAUCGCCUUUACCAGUCUUGGAAAAUUUUAAUUACACUUCCUUUCUGCAGUUUGCUGAUGUUCAGUGAGGGAUUGCGUAUCCGCCAUUCUCUGGGGGAUUGACUUCCGCGGACUGCCGGGCGAUUCUGUGUGAUGGGAUUACGACCCUCCCUCCCCGGAGUGUGAGUCAGCAUCAUGGAUAUGUUAUCUCUAAUUAAAAGUUCCCUGGCAUCCGAGGAUGCCAACCCUAUCCACCGCCUGUACAGGGUGGGGCAACAGGUGGGGACAUGUGGUCAGGAAAUGGUGUGGCGGAUCCACGAAGCAGAAAGCAUCGAGGAAGAAAAGGGAGCCUCUGUCUUCAUCUUCAACAAAAAGAUAGCCAACAAACUCCACAAACCACGACGACGAGAACAGGUGUCGGAGAUAUUACGUCAUGACGUCACACACCUGAACAAGAUGUCGAAUGCAUCUGUCCUCGGUAUAUUCACCGGCUUGCAGGAAGACAGGGAGAGUUUGUCAUUUGCUUCGGAGCCUGUCGCUGGAAGUUUAACCAACUUUUUAGAGAAGUUUGAUAAAAUGUCUCCACAGACCACCAGCACAACCUGUGGAUUUAUGGAACACGAAGUACAGUGUGGAAUUUAUCAGAUUACGGAGGCCUUAAUGUAUGUUCACGGUGUAGAGCGCAUGAUCCACCGCAACGUCAACCCCGCCUCCAUCCUCAUCAACCAAUCAGGACGAUGGAAAUUAGCCUGCUUUGGAUUUGCAGAGAAAACACAAGAUGGAAGGGAAUCCUUUUCAUGUAAGGCAUGGAGUCCAAAGAUUUCAAAAAUGGCACAACCAGAUUUGAAUUAUAUUGCUCCGGAAAUUCAAACAACGGAAGUGUGUACGUAUGUCAGCGACAUGUUCUCGUUCGGCAUGCUGAUUUGUACCAUCUACAACAAUGGCCACUCCCUGAUUGAUGCCCAGUAUAACCCCACAGCUUACGUCAAGCAGCUGGAUACUCUGACACAGAAGUUUGGAGACAUUGCUCCAUCGAUGCCCCCUGCUUUGGUUGACCCGGUGGAAAAGAUGAUCAACAGAGACAUCCGCUAUCGACCUACCGCUCAGCUCUUCUCAUUGUUGAAGAUGUUCCAUGACCCCACGGUUACCACCCUGCAGCAGCUGGACAACCUCCACUUAAAGAGUCCCUCCGACAAAAGUCACGUGUUCACCGUGAUAUCACAGAACAUUCCACUUCUUCCCAAAGCAAUUCGCUGUUCCCGCCUUUUACCUAGUCUCCACCAUGAGUUUACGUCACGUGACUCGGUCGUCACAGCAUUGCCGCCCCUUUUGGCGCUGGUUCAACACUCGUCAUCUGACGAGUUCUCACAACAUGUCUUUCCAGAAAUAACAUUUGUGUUCAAUUGCUCAAAGCCAGACCAGGCGACCGUGUAUCUUUUGAAUAAAAUCGAUGUUAUAAUAUCCAAGUGUCCCCGCCACCAAGUCCGGAGUGAUGUUGUUCCAUUCAUCGUAAAGCAUAUUAAAUCGGAGGCCAUCAGAGUGCAGGAAGCAGCCCUAAAUGCCUUACUUGUCGUCAAAGAGAGUAUGGACGACGCUUUUCUGAAGUCGACCGUUUUACCGUGUGCCAAAGAACAACUCCGUCAGGCCGUAGAUGUCAAGAUAAAGCUAAUAAUUCUGUCCUGCAUAAAACAUUUAUUGAGCAUCAUGAAUCCAUUUACCAUUCGAGACGACGUCCUUCCAUUCCUUGUAGAAAUUGUCAAUUCCCAAGAUGCAUCAGUGAUAAUGGCUGUUGUUGGUGUGUAUAAACAUAUGCUACACAAAAAGGACUCCGUGUUAACCAGAGUUUAUCUCGCCCAGAGUGCGAUUCCCUCUCUCAUUCCCCAUACUGUAGACCCGGAUCUCAGUACGGAUCAGUUUGGUGCGAUGAUGGACGUGCUAUAUGAAAUGUUGGCAUUGAUAGAUCAGCACAGACGAAGUAAUGGUACUCACAACUCCACACCCAAAAGAGAGAAAAUGGCACCGUCCGGCGGAAGCGACAAAAAUUUACUGUUUGUAACGAACUCAUCCCCAACUGGAAUUCAGAAAAGUCGAACAGUUCUCGCUUUCCCAGAAUGCUCCAUUUCAUCACUGUCUAGAGGGAGACUUUCCCGAAACUCCAGUCAGGAAGCACCGAACAGUCCAGAACUCACCAAACUAAAGGAAAAAGAAAUGUUGAUGGUAUCGAACAAGGAACCUUUGCGCAGAUUCAGCUUAGUCCCUCCAGGUGGUGGAACCCCCGCCAUUAGCCUGACCCCAGACGAUGGGGGAUAUCUAGACAGAAAUCGACGCCCAAGUCUCCAGAACAUGGGACAUUAUAAUCAUGAUUCGGAUCGCUGUGAACGGAAGAGCAGCACCGGAAGCCUGUUCAAUUUUUCCGAAUCUCGACAAUCAGCGCCACGUCGCGGCAGUUUCCAGGCGCUUGGAGACACUGUGAUGCAGCUUUUCUCUGGAAAAUAGCGCGACAUUGGAAAUCCAUAGUGUUGAAGACCUGAUAAGGACCUUAUGAUAUUUUGUAAUGUGAAAUAACUGUUCUUCUUUCUGACUCAAAGAAGACGCCAAAUAAUUGCCAUACUGUGAAUUAGGAUGCUUUAAUCAGUUUGUAUUUCUGAAUUCUGAGUGUAUUUUAUAUAUUGUUCAAAAUAUUUAUCUUGUUUUGUACAGUAAAAUAUCCAUGACA